AACCGUGACGUCACACGUAUACAAAUGGCGGGAGGUCGCCGAGAAAAUCGCAAGUGUUAACAUGGCUGGAAAGUAAAAGCCAUGCUUGACAUCACCUGACCCUGUAAUCGUGUAUCAGUGGCUAUCCGCCAAAGAUGUUGUGUUCUGUACUGUAAUUGAUUUGAAAAUGAUGGAUUCGCAGAGGAGUAGUGAUUUCCAGGCCACAGAGAGAAUAUUUCGUAAAGUAGUACACCCAGGCCUGGAUUCUCUACGACUCGUGGACAAAAAUGGUGUACCAAUUAAUACACCACUCAGUAGCAUGAAGCAGAAAAUGUUCAUCCUUAGUCCGCGAGGGGUCCCAACUCGUGUGACGAACCACGCCUACAGUGGACAACCAAUGCGCAUGUCUCGUCCAUAUUCUGAAGGGGUUGUAGGAAGGAAAGAUUUUUAUUCUCCGUCUGACUUAGUUAUCAGUGAACAGCUGUAUUUGCUAUCACGUUUAGAAGUACCAGAGUAUAACAAUGAAAACUUGUAUGAGCAACCAACAUAUUAUAGGACUACCAAGUCCGUCGUGCCAUACAGCACCAAGAGGAGUGCUAACCAGAGUAAAGGGGGGCUGGUCAAGUCUAACAAGUCUAAAAGUGCCUCUAGUCGCGGCUAUCUGAGUAGUGUAGCUGAUGAAAAGAGAUUUCUACAGUCAGCUAACAGCUCCCAGAGCUCUCGCUGGAACACCAGUGGCCAGGGCCUGAGGCUGGAGAAGGAAUGGACUGACCUUGCCAAUUCCAGGUCCCUGAAACGCAACUCAGAGAUAGUAACUCACAGAGUAGACAGAAUGUAUUUUAUGACUGGAAAUUCAAUUAAUCUUAAACCCAAGUAUCAUGUGGAUGAGGAAGAGCUCCAUAGACUAAGAGAGAUUUCAAAAUCCAGGCAGUCGUCAAGAAGACAAAACCGGGUCAUUCAUAUGCCUGCAUGCAGCAGUCAACAUUCCAAGAAAGUUCAGCACCAUUCUCAGUUGGAAGAAGACUUGCAGGCACUUACUGUCAAAGAAGGAAACACAGAAAAGAAUGAAAAUGAUAAUGCAGAAAAUUCUGGAGAAAAUGUUGAGAGACCAAAGAGUCCCCUGGGUGGCUGGUCACUAACAGAGAACCCUGCCCCAGAGCCUGACCAGAAAGAGGCUCUCAGUCGUUUGUCACUCCACAAAGACGAUAACCCAGAGGUUCCUCCCUCAGAGGGUGGAAACAGUGAGAGAGACAACAUGACAAACGGCGAGGAUGAUGGAUUUCAUGAAGAGGAAGUGGACAUGAAGGGAAGAGCAGAUGGAAGACAGGGGGUGGAAGAUGUGAUAGAACCUAAUACAGAUGAUGCAAUCCCAGAGGAAAGUGCAAAUAAUACUGUGGAGGAAGAGCCUUGAUCAAGCUAUAAUACUUGUGAAGUUUAUUCUUUUACUGUGAUUCCCAAAGCUUUACAGUCUGUGAUGAACAUAGAAACAUUAUGGUGGAAGAGUUGUCUUCCAGUAUGAGUGAAUAAAGAGAAUGGGUUUCCAUCAAGGAUGGAUCAAUAAACUGCAGCAUGGCAGCUGUAUAAUGAUGUGUGGUGAUUGAUAUCCAAUCAUAAACUUUAAUCUCCCAAAAACAUCAAUGAUCUUAGAAUUAAGAGGUUUUUUAUGCUCCUAAAAUGUAAUUGUGAUAGAGAUAAUUUUUUAUGUAAAUGUGAUGUUUUCAUUACUUGUGUUGAUACUUUAUUUUUUUAAAGAUAUCCCUUUGUGUAUUACUUUUUGUAUUUUUCCUGCUCUUGUCUUUUGUAAUAUUGAUGUAACAUUAUCUUGUUCCUGCUGAGAUCAUUUAGAGCAACUGGUUAUUGUUUUAGAAGAAGGAAAAUGUUUCUGUGUGAUCCAUUUAUUUCUCUCAUAUUUUCCUCUGGAAAUGCCAAAUUAUAUUUUAUACUUAAGCUGAAACAGAGCUUGUUUGGUUUUUGUUGAUCAUUUUAGAAUUGUUUAUUCUUGUUUGGUAUACAGUUGCAUCAUGAACAUAAAUGCUUUACAAGAA